CACACUCCGCCCCCCCCCCCCCCCCCCCCCCUCUCUGUGUCUCUGAAUCUUCCAUUAACUACAAGUCUAUAACAGUAUGAUGAUCCCGAAUUCCGGCCAGUUCCCACAUGGCUUUCAAACCAGUAAGAAACACAAAAACCCCGACCUCAAGCCCUCUUUCUGUUCUUCGCACCCUCGUGUAUGGAUUUUCGUCACCAUUCUUUCCGUUCAAGUCCUUAUCCUUUUCUUUGCUCGUAUUUUUCCUCUACCCUUAUCUGUCCAACACCUCUUUACUUCUGCAAAAACAGGAAAAUCCGAUACCGGACAAUGCCCAUUCGGGAGGGUUUAUGUCUACGACCUUCCGGCGAUGUUUAACCGAGACUUGGUCGACACUUGCAACGACUCCGAUCCGUGGCAUUGGCGGUGCGGUGCCGUUUCGAACGACGGAUUCGGCCCCAGGGCCACCGAGCUCGCCGGAAUCGUGCCUGAUAACCUGGCUCCGGCGUGGUACUGGACCAACCAGUUCGCGUCCGAGAUUCUGUACCACAACCGCCUUUUGAACUACGAGUGCAGGACGCUGGAGCCAGAAUCGGCUACGGCCUUCUACAUGCCGUUUUACGCUGGGCUCGCGGUCGGGAAAUACUUGUGGCAGAACCAGAGCAUGAGGGACCGUGACCCGGCGAGUUUGCUGAGGUGGGUCCAGAAGCGGCCCUUCUGGUGGCGAUCCAACGGCUCUGAUCACUUCAUCACGCUGGGCCGCAUCACGUGGGAUUUCCGACGAUUAGAUCAGCCGGAGAUAGACUGGGGCUCCAGCUUCAUCAACAUGCGGGCAAUGCGACACGUCACGCGCCUCGUGGUCGAGAGAGCUCCGCGGGACUACUACGACGUCGGUAUACCCUACCCUACCGGAUUCCACCCCUUGUCCGCCUCCCAAGUCCGGGACUGGCAGAGCUUCGUUCGGACCCGGGACCGGACGCGCCUGUUCUGCUUCGUCGGGGCGACACGUGAUAGCAUCAAGAACGAUUUCCGAGGGCUUCUACUGAGUCAGUGCCGGAACGAGUCGGCCACGUGCCGACUCGUCGACUGUGCCACGACGGAGUGCGCCAACGGCCGGACGCCGAAUCUGGAGACGUUCCUGGAUUCUGAAUUCUGCUUGCAGCCGAGGGGAGAUAGCUACACGAGAAGAUCCGUUUUCGACUGUAUGCUCGCCGGUUCGAUUCCGGUUUUUUUCUGGUUCCGAACGGCCUACGACCAGUACGAAUGGUUCUUGCCGGGCGAACCGGAGAGCUACUCGGUUUACAUCGAUCCUCGCGAUGUGAGGAAUGGACGGUCGAUAAAGAGAGUGCUGGAGAGUUACAGCAGAGAGGAGGUGAGGAAGAUGAGAGAGAGGGUGAUAGAACACAUACCUAAGUUUGUGUACGCUAAGCCUGAGGGGGAAGGUUCCGAGAUUACCAGAGAUGCCAUUGACAUCGCCAUUGAUGGCGUAAUGAAGCGAUUCUACGAGCAAAAGCGGCCGCGAAGACUGCCAAGUUAAAGAUCAAAUGUUGAUCAGAAAUGCAGAUCAGUACACAGAGAUACAAACAAAUUACUGUCGAGUAGUAACGAGUCAAUAUCUGGUGAUUUGCGUUUUGCAGCUGAGUUGAGAGGACGAGUCCGAGUCCGAGUCCAUAAGCACAAGAGAUUACUGGACAAAAGAGGAAGAAGGAAGAGUGAGGGUUGACGGUUGACGGGUUAAGCGCGGCGUAAUGCAAGAUUCAUGGCUUUCUGGGCGGAGAUUGCGUUGAGCGUAAUAGACGGUUGCAAAUUGGAAGGUAACGCUGUGACUUGUAAUAAUCUAAUAGAAUCAAUCUCUUUCGUAAAAUUAAAUAAUAAAAUAUUAUAUUAUGCCA